AGUGCGUUUUGUCGAGGUGGAUCUUGAAACCACCUCAGUUCCCACGCUUCUCAGGUGCAUCAGGUUAGCGCUCGCCGUGCGCGCGAGGCGUGGACCGCAUUAGUAGGCCUGCGGGGAAUCUCUGGGUCGCACCACAACGAGACAGGACAAGAUGAGAGGAAGACGAACAGCUGACGGCAGAGAGCCGUUGCAUGGAAGAAAUGUGAUUGGAUAAACAUUCUGUGUACUAGUGAGUAUAGAGGGCGAGAGAGUUCAGCUAAUUCUGGUUAACAGUAAUGGGUUUACUUUGGGGGGUAAUGAUGUAAACAGGUGAAACAAUCAGCCAAUAAGCCAGUAUUUCUAUGAGCAGGUCAACAGGCGGGUCCAGAGGAACCUAAUGUAGAUCGGAUGUCAUGUAAAUGAGAGAGAGAGAAGGACUUUAAAGGGAAGUGUGGCUGGAGGCUAUUGCAGAGAAUAUCUUAAGGUAGGAAGUUAAAAGUGAGGACAUUUCCUGUUGCCUUUCACAAUCAGCCAUCAGCGAACCAGCCCCAGCCCUGUCCUUAGUGGGUCAACAGGCGCUGGUCCACUUGUCUUCUUGGCUCCAGAGGGAUAACCAGACAGACACUGAGAGGAAGCUACGGAGCAGAUGAAGAUGAAUCCAUGGACCGUCUCUGUGCUCCUGCUGCUAGCUGGGCCGCUGGGGGCGGACCCUGGCUGGCACGUGGAGUACCCCCACUCCUUCUGCGUGGUGGAGGGCUCCACCGCCACCAUCCCCUGCAGCUUCACCCACCCCCUUGUCGACGUAAAGAAGGGCGGGGCCAUUCUGCAGGUUAAGCGGGUGGCCUGGUGCCCCGGUCCCCUGCUCUGCCACCAGUCCACAACCAACGUGUACGACAGCGGCAACGUCCGGGCCGACAGCCGCUUCCUGUACCUGGGGGACCUCGUCGGAAACUGCACCCUUAAGAUCAUCAAGACGGUGAAACAGGACGCAAAGAUAUACUACUUCCGCUUCGAGACCAAAGCCGAUGGGUACACCGGACGGGAAGGAGUCACAGUCACAGUCACUAACGGAGAGGAUGUGAAGGUCAGAAGCUCCGUCACUGACCAUGUGGUGAAAGAGGGCGGUCAGGUCACACUCACCUGUACCUCAGCCUGCUCCUUCAACCAAUUGGACGUUCACUGGUACAGAAAUGGCCACGCCCUAUCAGAGACAGGCCCCGCCCUCCACCUCAGCGGUCUGACCAAUGAGGACACAGGGGAUUACACCUGCUCUCUUGACUCCAGCAGAAAGAAAACCUCUGCGCCUUGGAGUCUAUUGGUGGUGAAUGAUGAAGGGCCGCUGGGGGCGGGCCCUGGCUGGGGCGUGGAGUACCCUGACUCCUUCUGCGUGGUGGAGGGCUCCACCGCCACCAUCCCCUGCAGCUUCACCCACCCCCUUGUCGACGUAAAGAAGGGCGGGGCCAUUCUACAGGUAAAGCGGGUGGCCUGGUGCCCCGAUCCCCUGAUCUGCCACCGGUCCACGACCACCGUGUACGACAGCGGCAACGUCCGGGCCGACAGCCGCUUCCUGUACCUGGGGGACCUCGUCGGGAACUGCGCCCUGAAGAUCAACAAGACGGUGAAACAGGACGCAAAGAUAUACUACUUCCGCUUCGAGACCAAAGCCGAUGGGUACACCGGACGGGAAGGAGUCACAGUCACAGUCACUAACGGAGAGGAUGUGAAGGUCAGAAGCUCCGUCACUGACCAUGUGGUGAAAGAGGGCGGUCAGGUCACACUCACCUGUACCUCAGCCUGCUCCUUCCACCAAUUGGACGUCCACUGGUACAGAAAUGGCCACGCCCUAUCAGAGACAGGCCCCGCCCUCCACCUCAGCGGUCUGACCAAUGACGACACAGGGGAUUACACCUGCUCUCUUGACUCCAGCAGAAAGAAAACCUCUGCGCCUUGGAGUCUAUUGGUGGUGAAUGAUGAAGGGCUGCUGGGGGCGGGCCCUGGCUGGGGCGUGGAGUACCCUGACUCCUUCUGCGUGGUGGAGGGCUCCACCGCCACCAUCCCCUGCAGCUUCACCCACCCCCUUGUCGACGUAAAGAAGGGCGGGGCCAUUCUACAGGUAAAGCGGGUGGCCUGGUGCCCCGAUUCCCUGAUCUGCCACCGGUCCACGACCAACGUGUACGACAGCGGCAACGUCCGGGCCGACAGCCGCUUCCUGUACCUGGGGGACCUCGUCGGGAACUGCACCCUGAAGAUCAACAAGACGGUGAAACAGGACGCAAAGAGAUACUACUUCCGCUUCGAGACCAAAGCCGAAGGGUACACCGGACGGGAAGGAGUCACAGUCACAGUCACUAACGGAGAGGAUGUGAAGGUCAGAAGCUCCGUCACUGACCAUGUGGUGAAAGAGGGCGGUCAGGUCACACUCACCUGUACCUCAGCCUGCUCCUUCCACCAAUUGGACGUCCACUGGUACAGAAACGGCCACAACCUAUCAGAGACAGGCCCCGCCCUCCACCUCAGCGGUCUGACCAAUGAGGACACAGGGUAUUACACCUGCUCUCUUGACUCCAGCAGAAAGAAAACCUCUGCGCCUUGGAGUCUAUUGGUGUUGGAAGAUGAAGGCACUGGGCCCCAGAGCGUCGGCCAUCUCUACUGUCUGCCCUUCAGACCCUGACCUUCACAGGAUCCAGGAAGCCCGCCAGGGAAUACCACCCCUCUGCUUCUCCAGCGUCCUUCUCCUCCUAAUCAGCCAUUGGGAAGCACAUCUGUGUCCCCAAUGGUGUGAUGUCAUUCCAAUGUGUCAUCUCACUGUGUCAUCUCACUGUGUCAUCUCAUUGUAUCAUCCAUGAUGUCAUCUCACUGUGUCAUCUCACUGUGUCAUCUCACUGUGUCAUCUCACUGUGUCAUCUCACUGUGUCAUCUCACUGUAUCAUCAACGAUGUCAGCCUGACAGUCUGACUGAGGACAGGUGGGUUCUGGGUAAAUGCAGCUUCACUUUCUUUUGCUUCGCUUUUGUGGCCUGUGAGAAAAUAAACAUAAAAUAUAUAGAUAUAAUUUAUUGCAUGUAUUUUUUCCAAGUCAAAACAUUUUUAAAUACAUAAUAUUACAUGGAAGUUUAUUGUUUGAGCUAAACAAGACUUAAAGGUUGAUUAAUCCAAACAUCUGUUAAAAACGACACCAAACAUUUAUUUAAUUAAAUUCCCGAACAGGUACAAGUAACCUCUACCUGGUUACCAGUACAGGUAACACGGUAUCCUCUACCUGGUUACCAGUACAGGGAACCCGGUAUCCUCUACCUGGUUACCAGUACAGGUAACACAGUAUCCUCUACCUGGUUACCAGUACAGGUAACACAGUAUCCUCUACCUGGUUACCAGUACAGGUAGGCUCAUGGGACAUGCACAUGAUCAAUA